CAUUGUCCACUGUGGAAUGGCUUUGUCCACUGUCUUCCUCACUUCUUCUUCAUGCGUUCCACAAACACAAACCAGGCCCUUGAGUGUCCCAAAGCCACUUUCAGCAGUGUCCCCCACGAUGCCAUUGAUGAUGCCACGCCAAGCUUCACAGAAAUCUCAAUACCAACCCCUGAUGAAAUCCAACGGUAGGAGAUUGUUUGGCACAGUAGUGAAGGCAAUCAAGAGGGAGGAUAAGAGCUUUAAGAACGUGGAAAUUUUCUCCGAGGACCAUCUUCUUGAGUCUUUGGCUCGUGAUAUCGCUGAACUCUCCCAAAGAUCCAUCAAAGAGAAAGGAUCCUUCUCAGUUGCUCUGUCUGAUAACUCUUCUGUCAGAUUCCUCAGGAAGUUGGCGGAACCUCCAUAUGUCAAUACAAUAGAUUGGUCGAAGUGGCAGUUCUUUUGGGUGGAAGAAGAAGUGUUCGUGCCAGCAGAUCAGUUAAAAAAGCGACUUGUGCCCAACGAUCAAGUCGUCGCAAAGAUUAACCACAAGCUCGCUUACGACGAAUUUCUCACCAUGGUAUCACGAACAGCCGGAACUUUAAAUGUUAAUACCAUUGACUACGACCUAUCAGAGCGGGAAGAAGCAGCGGAUCGUUACCAGAAGAAACUCGAAAUCUGGGUUUCCAAGAACCAGAUAGCAAAAUCCAACAAAAACCAGCUUCCUAAAUUCGAUCUGAUGUUGCUGGGAUUGGAACCAAAUGGACGUGUGGGUUCUCUGAUGCCGGAUCAUCCAGUUCUUGACGAGACAGAGAAAUGGGUGGCUUCUGUGGAGGACAGGGAGAAGGAAACGAUCCGAGUGACUCUGACUCUGCCGGUGAUAAAUUCAAGUUCCAACAUAGCAAUGGUGGUGGCUGGCUCUGCUAGUUCUGAUGCAGUUUAUUCUGCUUUCAAGCACGAUAAUCAACAAGAUUCUCGCAAGCUUCCUGCUAAACUGAUCUCACCUGAGGAAGGUGAACUGGUGUGGUACAUGGAUAAAGCUGCCGCUUCUAAGCUCUUCAAGGAAGAAGUCCAUAUCGACAAACGCUCUCAAUUAGUUAGUUAAUAACUAGCUAAUAUCAGCAUAUCUGCUGCGUUCUGGUCGGAAUAUUGUCGGCAGCUUCUGAGAAAUUAAAGAAUCGUACGUCGUCUGUCAUCGCAGGUGGUGGACGACAUGUUCUGCUUUUUGCAUUCGGAGUGAAUGUGGUGUUUGGCCUCUGUCAUGUCACUUGGCAGCGGCACGCACACUAGCUUUCCCAAUAAUAAGAACUUGUUAUUUUGUUGUGUCAUUAUUACUGUUAUAUUGUAAUCGGUAUUUUGUAUGUCGAG